GUACCGUAGCUGGGUCGCCCCUCGCUCAGUUGCUUCUCAGUUGUGCUGGUCGCUAGACAGCGCGUGGAUGUGUGGAGACACGGCGUCCUGACGGCUCGCCAAGCGGUAUUGGAUUUACGUACCAAAGUGAUAGUGGAAUUUAAUGUAAACCCAAGUGUGUCUGAGACCUGUAGUAGAACCAAUAUACAAACAGGUGUGUAUCUCGAGUCACCUAAUUAAGACAAAUCUUGUUAUUGAAUGAAACAGAAAGGAUAAUUGAAGAGCAUUUGUCAGUGACGAUUGUUGGACACAGGGAUAGAGCUGAACGGACUGUAGUGGAGACCCCUCUUGCUCCCUGAAUGAAUACACCCAACUACAGCUACCGCGCCACACAUACCUGGGCACAACACACCGUUAAGUGAAAGUUUUGACCGGAAAGUCAGUGAGUUUGCAGACAGUUCAUAUUGAAAGACACUGCAACAGUGAAGUCACCAAGGUUUUGAGUUUGCCAGUGAUUCCAGCUAAGGGUAUAUCUUUCUUUAAGGUUUUAUUACCCUGUGUACUGUGAUAGUUGGUGGAUCUGUGAGGUAAUCGUGCGUGGAAAGGAUUCUGUAAAGCGAGGCACCAUCACUGAAACAACACGUGUGGAGCCUGCAACCCCUCCAAGUGUGGAGUGAGCGGCUGACCACCACCCUCCAUGAACUGUGUGUAUUGGUGAUGGCGUGAGUGUGAGCAACACCACAGCAGCAGCGGCGGCAAGUAGGGUGGAGCGAGGAGGAUGGCGGGCGGAGUGUGGUCGGUGGUGUGGGCGGCGGCGGUGGGCGUGGUGAUCGGGUCCUCCACAGUCAUGGCGCUCACCGGCCCUAACGUCUGCACUAAGUAUGAAACGUACACGAGUUUGAGCAAUGUCUCCCACACAAAGGCUUACAGAAUACGAACCUACACGUACUGCUUCAGUAUUCCGCCCAAAUGUUCCAAGUACAAGAUUGCCUAUAAAACUUCUUUCAGAACCCAGAGCCAGACAAAAACUCGAACAGUAGAUGUGUGUUGUUCGGGCUUCACCAGAGUACCGUCUGAUGACCGGUGUAUCCCUAUCUGCUCAAUGGACUGUAUACAUGGGGUGUGCAUCAAACCUAAUGAAUGUCGUUGUGAGGCUGGCUACUCUGGGUCCAGCUGUGAGAUAAAUGACUUGGAGUUUGAUAAUGACCACAUCACAGUUGAGAAUGGUUUGAGCCCAUGCUCUGGUCCAGAUUGUUAUUCUUCAUUAAGGGCUUGUCCAGAGGGAAAGUGGGGUGUGGACUGUAAAUAUGACUGUCCAUGUCGACACGAAGGAAAAUGUGACCCUUCCUACGGUAACUGUUCGUGUCAUGCCGGGUGGAUUGGUCCUUACUGUGAGGAAAAGUGUCAGGGUGGAUACUAUGGUGUGGACUGCAAGGAUCGAUGUCGGUGUCAGAAUAGUGGAACUUGUGACCAUAUUUCUGGGGCCUGCCAAUGCCCUCCAGGUUGGACUGGUCCUCUGUGUGAAAAAUCUUGUCCUCUGGGAACUCAUGGUACUGCCUGCAGGAACAAGUGCCAGUGCCAGAAUGGAGGCCACUGUGAUCCUGUAAGCGGGAAAUGUCAAUGUCCGUCGGGUUGGACCGGAGAUGUUUGUGCCAACCCGUGUCUUCAGGGAACUUGGGGCCAAAACUGCUCAGAACUUUGUGACUGUUAUAACUCUGCUACCUGUGAUCACAUAACUGGUCGCUGUAAGUGCACUUCUGGAUAUGUAGGGAAUAAGUGUCAAGAACAAUGUCGUCUCGGUACAUAUGGAGUUAACUGUACAGAGAGUUGUAGCUGCCACAAUGGAGCAACAUGUUCUCACAUAAGUGGCAUCUGCUUCUGCAAGGAUGGAUGGCUGGGUAGUGACUGCUCUAUCCCUGCGUGUCCUCCUAAUCAGUUUGGUGCUGGAUGUUCAAAAAUAUGUUCUUGUGAAAAAGAUAAUACCGACAGGUGUCAUCCAUGGACUGGGGAGUGUGAGUGCAAGGCAGGUUGGGCUGGAGAAACUUGUACACGUGCCUGUCCAUUUUACAAGUUCGGAGAAAAGUGCGCCAAGAAUUGUCAGUGCAAAAAUGGUGCUUUUUGUGAUCCAGUCAAUGGUUCCUGUAUAUGUGCACCUGGUUAUCAUGGAGAGCAGUGUGGCAAACACUGUCCUCAAAACAGAUAUGGGCAAAAUUGUGAAUUGAAGUGCCGCUGUGAUCAUUCCCUAGGCUGUUCACAUGAGUCUGGGAAAUGCAUAUGUGAACCAGGCUGGGAAGGUCAGCAGUGCUCUCUUACCUGUCCGCUGGGUACAUAUGGAGGCAAUUGUACCAGGAAAUGUGAUUGUAGGAACAAGGGUUCAUGUCACCCAGUAACUGGCAAGUGUUCUUGUGGCCCUGGACACACUGGCGAGAAAUGUGAGAAGACCUGUGAUCAGGGCUAUCAUGGCAUGAGUUGUCAAAACUUCUGUGCUUGUGUUGGGCCAAAUGUUGAGGGAUGUGAUCCUGAAACUGGGAGGUGUAUAUGUAAACCUGGCUUCCGAGGUGUCAGCUGUGAGUCCCACUGUCCUCGUGGAUUCUAUGGAGACUCUUGUACAAAGAAGUGCGACUGUAAAAAUAAUGGUUCGUGCAACUUACAGACAGGGAAAUGUACAUGUGAGCGAGGAUGGCAUGGUGCAGCCUGCAACACUCCCUGCAGAAAUGAAAGAUAUGGAGUUAACUGCUACCAGAUAUGUCCAUCAUGUGUGCAUGGAAAUGGCACCUGCCAGCCACAGUUAGGAAGCUGUGUUUGUGCAGCUGGUUGGCGAGGACCUCGCUGUGAUCGCACGUGUUCCCCGGGUAUGUGGGGAAUUGCCUGUGCCAAUGAAUGCAGAUGUCGUAAUGGUGCCGAGUGUGAUCAUGAAACAGGAGAGUGUCUAUGUCUGCCAGGAUGGAGAGGUGGUGACUGUUCCCAGCCAUGCCCCCCUGGGACCUUUGGUUACAAUUGCCUUCAAACUUGCCACUGCCGUAACCAUGCCUCUUGCCGUGGGAGUGAUGGAUUUUGUGAAUGUAAGCCGGGAUGGAUGGGACCUGGUUGCACCCAGACUUGUCCAGAAGGUUAUUUUGGACGUCAGUGCUUGAAUGUAUGUAACUGUAGUACAGACAAUUUCAUCUGUCAUCCAGUUGAAGGUUGCAAGUGCAGACAUGGCUUUGAAGGUAACAUGUGUCACAUUCCCAUCACGAGUCCAAUAAUCAAGGACAUGGAGCCAGUCCUGCCCAUCACCUCAGGACCCAACAAUGCUGGACUCAUUGUUGGUGUUGUCACCAUCAUUCUCAUCACCAUUGUCAUUGCUGUUACUAUUUACUACAAACGCAGACUGAUGCGAUUGAAGCGAGAGUUGGCAGUGGUUCAAUACAUCGCUGAUCCCGCAGCUUCAGAGAGACCCAAGGCAGUUGAGAGCAAAGAGAGCACAAAACUCCGUGCUGCAAAUAAGCUCUCGCAGAAGUCUGGACAACCUGUAGCCAAAAGAUGGAGUUCUAUAGCAGAUCAACAUCACUUUGACAAUCCUGUAUAUGCCUACCAGUCUGUGAGUAAGUCACAACCCAACCUGCUGGAGAAUGGCAAUUUAAACAAUGGUGUCACCAUUAAGAAUAAUCUUUCAAUCAAAGAUGACAAGAACAGAGAGUGGGAGAAACUUGGCACCUUCACUUUUCAUGAUGAUGCUUGUAGUUUAGGAGCUGUUGGGGGCCACUACGAUGUGCCGUCAACACUUCAAAGACAAGCGCGCGUAAAGGCUUUAGAGGCAGAUGCCACUAAUCCCAAUCUUAAUAUCUACCAUUCCAUUGAGAGUUUAAAGGACAAUAGACUCGUGGAGCACGUUUAUGAUGAAAUAAAACAACGACCUCCUCCUCCAAAAGAUCCAGAUGGUGAGUACGACCACCUGACUUAUUCACGUCCAGUGGGCGAAGUGAAGCCGCACUACUACACUAUGGCAUCUCAGCUACGCCGUUCGGCUGAUCAGUUGUCUAAGGAGGCACCCACCACCAGCAGACCUUCAACUGGAACAACCAAGAAGCAACGUUCUACACAUUCUUCGUCAUCAUCAUCAUCUAAUGAGUUGAAUAUUUCCCGGCCUGAAGCCAAUUUAGAUGAUAACGAUGAUUACCCUUGUCUAGCUCAAAGUACUAGUGAAGAUGGAGUGCCAAAAGUGAGUAAUCUCAAUCCUGCUGCCAGUGAUGAUGAAUAUGCAAGGCUUAAGGUCAACAACUUCGAUGUUUCAGUGGAUUCUGGAAAGCGAGGUGCUUAUGCAAAAUUUGAAGAUGAAUUUAAUGUUACUGCCUCCACAGCUCUUGAGGAUUCAGACACUAGUCACAACAAUACAGCUGAAACAGAGGUCCUAAGUUCACAGAUAAACUUUUAAAGUGAAUUGAUUCUGGGAGGAUUUCCAGACAGUGUGUGUAAACUGGACAGUGCAAAAUCAAACUUCUUGAAACCUGCAUCAUUGAAUAAAAAGGAGUGGCAAACAAUGCUGAUUAAUAAUCCAGGCCUGAAGUAAAUGGGGUUUGAUGUAAAUGAAGAUUUUUAUACUUGAUUGAAGAAAAUGGUUUGAAACUGCAAUUUGGUCCAUAGUGUAGUGUUGCUUAUAUUGACUGAGCUUCUCAAGUAUUGCCCCUGGUCAUUAAUCUGUUAUCAUAUAACAAGUUAAGACACUGUUGUGCAAUUCUCUAUGUACAGAUUCAUAUGUAAUUUUUAUUAGUACAUGUUUGCAAUUGAUAAUUUAACUACAAUAAGAAACAAAGUAGUGUCCAUCCAUAGUGAUAAUUGGUUGUGUAUAGAUAAUUGUGGCAAAAAAAUCAUCACCU